AUGUCGGUGGAUAUAAACUGGGACAGUAUACGUGAAGAUGAAGGAGUUAACGAGGGAGUUAAAGACUUCUUAAACUCCAGAUUACAAGAGUUCGCAUUACCUAGUUAUGUCAGUAAUCUUAAGGUUACUAAUUUUGAAUUAGGUUCCAUACCACCAAAUGUUACCUUAAAACAGAUGGAUGAUCCACUCGAUGAAUUCUAUAAUUAUCUUCUUCAAAUGGGAGACAUUUCGGAGGAAACUUCCAAAGACAGAAAUACUGAUAUCCAACUAUUAGUAGAACUCGAUUAUAAAGGCGAUAUGAGUAUAGAAUUGUCAGCAGAUUUAGUACUGAAUUACCCAAGUCCACAAUUUAUGACGCUUCCAGUAAAGCUACGAAUUAGUGAUAUUGGAAUGCACUGUCUAUGUUUGUUGGCGUAUAUGAAGAAACAACUUUUCAUAAGCUUUUUAUGCGAUGUCAGCGAUCCAUUAUUAGAAAUGAAUAAACUCCAGGUAGACCCUAGCGGCCCCAACUUUAUGGGGAAACGAGCCCUUGAAAGAAUAUCACUAAUUAGAAACAUCAAGAUACACACGGAAUUGGGGGAACAAGACCAAGCACAGGGAUCAGUUUUACGGAGUGUAGGGAAAUUGGAAGAAUUCUUAGUGGACUUAUUCAGAAACUUAAUUAGAAGAGAGGCGGCAUGGCCUAGCUGGAUCGAUUUAGACUUCACUCCUAGUGAUGAAGAAGCAGAUGAACAGGAGGAACAGAAGGAAAUGCAAGAUGAAGAUGGAAAAACGGAUUCUCCACAAGAUGAUAUUGGCAUUCCUCAAUCUUCAGUUCCCAUUUCACCAAAAACAAGUUCAGCAGACUCGGCAUUUUCAACAUCUCUACCCAGCUCCAGAGAUAGCAAUUCGAGGUCACAAUAA